AUGCUCGUGCCACGCGUCAUCGCGGGCUCGGUCCUCGUCAAGGUAGCUUUGUGUGCCAUCCCCUUGUCUAUUUCACCUGUCCAAAAUGCCAGCAAGCCUCUUCUCGAGUCCUUCGUUUCGUACUCGAUCGAGUUCUCUUCGUUCCCAGACUUUGCGGGGAACUCCAGUCAGCCAAACACCUUCUCAUACAACCUCCUGACCAACCUGCGUGACCUUCAAGGGUCCUAUCCCAUCAUCCGAGUUGGUGGAAACACAGAAGACUAUGCGACUUUCAAUGAAUCCCAGACAGUCGCCCUUGUUGGCAGUUUCGAUUUCAGCCGAUCCAGAGAUUACCCGACAACGAUAUCCAUCGGUCCAGAGUAUUUCGACUCUUAUUCCACGUGGCCUGGGGUGACCUACAUCCAUGGCUUCAGCAUGGGCAAGAACGGUUCGGCAGGCUACGAUACGCUGGUCGGCACCGUGCCGUUGGUAUGCAAAGCUCUCGGCACCAGCAAAGUCGCCUAUUGGGAACUAGGCAACGAGCCCGAUCUGUUCAAGACCAGUUCACAGGGUCCCGUCCGACCCAGCUGGUGGAACGAGACCGACUAUGUCGAAGAGUGGCUCAACAAGACCCGCAUCAUCAGGCAACUAGUGCAGCAGAACUGCCCAGAUGUCAUUACCUCGGGCAAGUUCAAAUUCUACGCGCCCAACUUUGCGGGUACAAGCAACAGCUUGAACCUCAUCACCACAUGGAAUGCUGGCCUGAAUGCAGAUAACGACAUUGCAUUCAUUGACAGCCACAACUACAUCGGAGGAGCGACCCAGCCGGGCGUGACCCUCCAGGGUACGUUGAUGAACCACACGUCAACCGUGCUCUCAAUCAACAAGCACCUCAACGAAUCGAGGCUCCUCGCCUACACGGGCCUCCCGUACAUUCUAGGCGAGACCAACAGCCUCUACAACGAAGGAGCACCAGGCCUGUCAAACGCCUUUGGCGCCGCGCUCUGGGGCGUCGACUUUAACCUCUACUGCGCCGCCACGGGGAUUGCCCGCGUCCACAUGCACCAGGGCACAAACUACAGGUACCAGUCAUGGCAACCCAUCGACACGGUCAACGCGACAAGGGGCACCAAAGCACCCUACUACGGCAACAUCAUGGUCGCGGCCUUCCUCGGCAACCUGACGGCCGGCAACGUCAGCAUCGCCGACGUGGAACUAGGAAGCACCUACCAGAACGCCUACGCCGCGUACGUGGACGGCCGCUUGGAGAGAAUCGCCGUCAUCCAGCUCAACGCCUACAACUCCACCGUCAACGGCCGUGGGAUCGUUCCCGCCGCCACUACCAAGCCCCGACCAACCGAGACCUUCAGCUUCCAAUUGCCAGCCGGCCAGACAUCGGCGUUGAAGGGGUUGCAUGUGCAGCGCCUCCUCGCGAACGGGAGCGAUGCCAUCACAGGCAUCACCUUUGACGGGGUGUCGUAUAACCUUGAGCUGGAUGGGGGCAAGCCAGUGACCCUGAACAAUGUCACUCGCGGCGAGGUCCUGCGGGCCGCCCAGGAUGGGACCAUCUCCGUCACGCUGCCGUGGUCGAGUGCCGCCAUAUUAAACCUGCAGUGGUGA